AUGACAUAUUUUUCAGAUGAAAACUUGUUAAACGCGACAUCGUGGAAGAAACGUUCAUAUGUUCUUGAUUUAAAUGCGUCUCCACCAAGGAUAUCCUAUGAGAAAGAGGAUACACUUUUUAGUGAAAAUACAAUUCCUACAAUUUCCACCAUUUGUCAUCAUGGACUAAAAGCUAAUGUCAACAUGGUUGAGGAAGCACUUGCAAACAUCCCAUUAUCAUUCAAGAGGCAGGAGGAGACUUCAGAGAGUAUAUUAGUUAUAGAGAAAGUAAGCAUCAUGCACUUGCAUUAA